UGUAGUCUGAACUUCUGUGAUCUGUUGAUUGAUCGUACCUAUUAGAAGUUCGUAUUUAUACUGUAAAUAAAUAAAGAAAAUUCACUGAUACAUAAAAUAUUUAUUUUACUUUAUACAGUUAGAACCCCAUGAGCUUAUAAUAUACGGAAUUUCAAAAAAAAUAGGCACUUCAAAAGAUUACAUUUUGUGGGUCCUUAUCAUUUGCGGUAAAUACCCGUAUUUCAAAUGUGAGUCCUAUAAAUUUAUAUUAAGCAACAAAUUAUAAUUUUUGUAUGUAGUGUUUUCCUGUGAAUCGUUUAGUACCAUGGGAGUCGUGUAAAAUAUUUUGCAUAUUAUGUUAUAUCUUGCGUAUUCUGAGGAAGAAUUCGACGAGGAAAUCGAAAUAAAAUUGAAAGUGAGUCCAAUAUCGGUCCCAAAGUUUAAUAUCAUAUAGUGUAUCAGUGUACAGUUAACAAAUAGUUUGUGUUCGGCUGUCAGAGCGGUGGCAGUCUCCAGUUUGUUUGGUUCUAUGAUUGAAAUAACAGGCUGUUGGUCCUGACCUUCACUCCUUUUAUGUGGUGGUUGUGACGCGACUUUGUGUCACUUGAUUGUGUAUUGUUUAAUAACGUGUUAACCUCAUUUAGUGAAUUGGCCUUGACACAAGGCUUGAAAACUCCUCACAGAUACACAACACAUACGCAGAUAUGGAUUCCAAUGUGAUAAUAUACGUAGUAUUGACAUUCGUGAUGAUGCUGCUGAUAUUGGGAUGCUGUAUGCGGCGGAACGGCGGUCCGAACCUAAGUAAUCCGCCCGCCCGCCCCCCGGCCGGCUUCGAGCCCGACUACCCGCAGCAGCAGUACAACGCGCCCUACCCGGUUCCUGUAGUGACGGGAGUACCGUACCCGGUCGCUCAAGCCGCUACCCCGUACCCCGCUCCGGCGCCCUAUCCCACCUACCCGGCGGGCAUGCCCGUGCCGACUCACCUGGCGCAGUCUCAUCCUGGCCACUACCCGCAGGGCUUCGUUCCUGGAAGGUAUCCCGCGGCCGGGGCGCCCUAUCCCACUGCGAGCUAUCCCUCCGCCCCGAGCGCUCCAGAGGCUAACGUUUUCUUCGGAAUAGCAGCUCCCGGCUGGAACACGCAAGCGAUGCCGCCGACGUACGACCAGGCCGUGUGCGCGCGGCGCGCGGCGCAGUAGGCGGCGGCGCCCGGGCGGGUUGCUUUCUGCUUAACAGGGGAGUAGUUCACGUUUUAGUGCGAUUAUAUUUCACUGUCUUCAAAUAAUAUUGAUUUUGAUUGAAAUAUUGACGUAACCCAAUAAAGAAAGGUUUAUAACUGGCAAUGGUAUCUCACGCGUACACUAUUCGCAAUUUUUUUUUGCCCCCCUUUCAGUUUUGAAUAAUAUUCACAAUAAACACCAUUUUGAAUUGUAACUACUUCACGUUAAUCGGGUAUCGUGAUGGUUAAAAUAUAAAGGGCGUAAUUGACUUGCGACUCGUUAAGCGACCUCACAUAAAACGUGACGAAACAAUACCAGUUCAAUGAUACGACUACUUUGAAGAUUAGACAAAAAGUUGUCGGUGGCAAGGCGCGUCCGCCCCGUGCAUACACUAUUUUAUAACUGUGAUGUCGUUCAGUUGUAUCGUUGAAAACGCCUGUAUUGGUAUAUGACACUGUGCUUCUAUUAUCGUAUUGUUUUGUUAUUAAUCUUGUAUAUAUGCCGAUGGUGUUUCUCAUAUAAAUAAAUAAAUAAAAUAAUAAUGAAGUCGUAAACGUAAUUACUGUCCAUACUGCCAUAAGAAGUUUCCUCCAUUUAUAAAUCUUUCCUAUUGAGACGUGAUAUACCAUUAUUGUAAGAUAUAUGAAUAUGUCUCAAGUUUUAUUUGUAUGUACUUCGAAGCCGUUGUAUUUCUUGUUAUUCAAUUACCGAAGAAUUAUUAGACUAAAUUGUCUUUUAAUUGUAUGUAUAAUAUUAUAUUAUUGAUAUUAUUGUAAAAAACAUGAGUUUUUAUGAUUUUGUCUCUUUCGUAUAACUGUAUAAAAUAAAUAAUUCCUAGAAAGAGACAAAUGCAUAGAUCAUAAGUACUAAAAAUAUUGAAUAAUAACAUAAGGUUAAGUACACUUUAUUAUUUAAUAAGUUCACUUAGCGACGACGCUAUUUUUACAGCCUCGAAAUUAUAAUUUAUAUUUUUUUUUCUAAAGCGAAUGGAAAAAGCAGGGUUAUUUUGAUUUUGCUUUAUUUUUUGACUAUUUUUCUGUAAAGCUCGAAGCGGUUUUGUGCUCAUUUUAUAAAUGUUUGAUUCCUUGAACAAUUGUUUAUAAUGAUAGUUCGUAAGACUGAAAUGUUUUUUAUAUCUUAAUAAUAUUGUAGAUAAUGAUUAAAACGUCGCAGUUCAAUAUCCGAGUCGACGUUCAUGGUGCGCUUUAUUUCCUAAUAUACUAAGAAAAUGUAAUAUAUUGAGCGCUCACAACAUUGCUCUUGUCCCAUAGAUAGAAUUAUAUAAAAUAGUUUAGUUAGGAGCAACCGCAUCUUCCUCAGCUUCUCAUGAAGAGACACACACAAACACAAACACACACACACACGCACGUACCGCUACAAGCGAACAUCAUAACUGAGUGUGACGUCACUGUCAGUGUGUCUUGUCGUGACGAAGACGAUGAAGUGUUACCUGGUCAGCUGUUUGCUACCCUCGCGGUCACUCUCGCUAAAUAUGUACCAUCCUUAUUUACUAUAAAUAAUGCGUUAUUUGUUAUUCAUUUAAAGAUAUGUUAUCAGAAUAAAUGUUUGAUAUAUUGUAUUUUAUAUCAUUUAAUGCGAGUCGACAUGUGUUUUUCUUACAUUCAAAAAUCUAUAAAAUUUAUAUUUUGUUACGCAUCUAAGUACAAUAAAACAUUUAUAUUUCUUAGACAUUUUAAAUAAUAUAAGUAAAACAGAUACAUUAUUAUGAAAUAGACGUUGAUAUUUACGUAAUUAUUCUACAAGUCCACAUUUGCCAAAAUAUAUAAAAUUUAAAAUAAAACAUAAAUAUGUCAGGCCGAGAACGACGGCGCUCAAAGUAUUGGCAAACCGUAGCAUAACAACGGUGCGCUACAAAUCGGCUCUCGGCUUGUCUGAAUCAUAUCAUAGUUCGUUAUCAACGCUUCUCAUUUCUUGGGAUUGUUUACCAACUUAAUACUUUUGUAUUUUUAACUAAUAUCACUGAACGUUCUCUACAUUUAACGGUCACCUUGCACCAGCGGUGACGUAAUAACAGGACCGCAUUGCCAGUGCGUGGAGUGUGUCCCUUGGUGCCGGUGUGUCGGUGACCGGCGUCUACGGCCGCUGGUGAGCACUUACCACAUAGAUGACCUGAUUGCUCGUCUGUCAUCCUAAAAAUAAUACAAUUUACCGAAACUGGAAAUUGCAAUAUAUGAUAAAUAUUAUUUAUUUAUGUAGUAUAAGGAAAACAUUUAGCAAAAUGAAAACCACAAGUAACGAAUAUUUUUUCCUUACCUGUUAUUAUUAUUUAAUGUUACCAGUUGCCGACAUCAAAGUCGUUGGAUUGUUAUAUGAUUAAUGUUGGUGUAACAGGCAGUACCGUAUUCACCGUCAUUUUAACCUGACAAGUCGCUCCACGUCUCCGUGUCUACACACUUGUUGGGCGACUUUGGUGCGUAUCACGUGUAUCAUACAACGUGUAGUAGAUUGGUGCAUUUCUGUAAUUCACUUCAACGACUGAGAGUUUAUUUUGUAUGUAAAUUAAACCAAUUUCUCUUAAG